AAACAGACACAUGCCUGUUACCAAUAGGUCAAACUUUUGUCGGUUGCCUAAACAGCCGGUAAUCAAACCGUACACGUGGUUACAUAAAACUUUAUCAACAGAAGAAUCCUCACUGUGCAUCUCUCCUGUUCACAAACCUUUGAAAAGAAAAAAAAAGAAAACAGUUUAAGAACAGACCCAUAAAACGCCCCACUAUCUACGCUUGUAUAUCUCACCGCCACCGCUUCUGUACACAGAAUUCGAAAGAGAACGCUGCCGUUUCAUCAAUUAAAUUCUCAUGCUUACCAUUUCUAGACCAUCCUCCCCUGAACCGUACAUCAGAAAACCUAAAACCCCACCGGACGACGUAGUUUUCCCUCGUAAAAACUCCUUCACCUCACUUAGUUCUCUCCUUUCUUAUUCUUAUUUCAAUCAAUCACGCGCAUGGCUUCUCCUCUCUAUCCUCUCCGUUCAGAUCAUCCUCCUCCUUGCCCUCCGUACAAUCCCGUUUUCAUUCCCUCACCGCCGCCACCAUUUCCCUUCUCCGUACACGAUUCAUCGCAAUAAUUACAAUCAUGCCAUCACCAAUAAAACGGAUACUGCUGACUCCGAUGAUUGCCGAUUAGGAAGAGUCUUUGUUUAUGAAUUACCUAGUGAGUUCAAUACUGAGUUGAUUCGAAACUGUGACGAGUUAAACCCUUGGAGUUCUCGAUGCGACGCCUUAACAAACGACGGUUUUGGUCAAGAAGCUACCGGACUUUCCGGUAUUAUCCCGGAAAAUUUGCUUCCGGCUUGGUACUGGACGGACCAAUUCGUAUCGGAGAUUAUUUUCCAUAAUCGGAUUUUGAAGCACACGUGUCGAACGAUGGAGCCAAACAACGCGACGGCGUUUUAUAUUCCGUUUUAUGCAGGGCUUGCUGUUGGAAAAUAUUUAUGGUUUAAUUACAGUUCUAAAGACCGUGAUCGUCACUGCCAGAUGAUGUUAAAUUGGGUGCACGAUCAACCCUACUUCAAGAAAUCAAACGGCUGGGAUCAUUUUCUUACAAUGGGACGCAUCUCAUGGGAUUUUCGUCGGUCGAAAGAAGAAGACUGGGGUUCCAGCUGUCUUUACCAGCCAGGUAUGAGAAAUAUCACUCGUCUAUUAAUUGAACGGAAUCCAUGGGAUUAUUUCGACGUCGGUGUACCUUACCCCACUGGAUUCCACCCUAGAUCAGAUAACGAUAUUCUCCAGUGGCAGGAAUUUGUCCGUACACGUAACCGUAACAAACUAUUCUGUUUUGCCGGUGCAAAACGCGGUUCUAUUAAAAACGAUUUUAGAGGGCUGUUACUGAGUCAUUGCCAUAACGAGUCGGACGCGUGUCAAGUCGUUGACUGCGCCGGUAGCCGUUGCGCGAAUGGCACGUCGGCGAUUCUCGAAACGUUUCUAGACUCCGAUUUCUGUUUACAGCCGAGAGGCGAUAGUUUUACUCGACGGUCUAUUUUUGAUUGUAUGUUAGCCGGUUCGAUUCCGGUUUUAUUCUGGAGACGGUCGGCUUAUCAGCAGUAUGAGUGGUUUUUACCGGAGAAACCCGAGAGUUACUCAGUUUUUAUACAUAGAGACGAGGUUAAAAACGGAACUUCAGUGAGGAAAGUGCUGGAGAGUUAUAGUAAGGAGGAAGUGAGGGAAAUGAGAGAAAAAGUAAUUGAAUUUAUACCGAAAUUUGUGUAUGCAAGGGCGCAUGACGGUUUAGAGAGUAUUAAAGAUGCGUUUGAUAUUGCAAUUGAUGGAGUUUUACGGAGAUUUAAGGAGCAAGAAGACUGGGAUUACAAGUGGUAAAUUAGUAAAUUUUAUUUAUUCUUUUCAAAGCAAUUGAGAGGCAGAAACUACAGUUAUAAAUCAUGGUUUUUGAGAGGCCAUGAACAAAUAUUUGUGUGUAUAUUAUUACAGUUUAUUCAUCUUCAGGAGGAAUUAUAGGGUAUUAGCUAUAGUCUAUAGAGUUAUUUAUCAUGAGUGAAGUUGAUAUACUUUCACUAGAUAGAUAAAGCAGGACCACUGAACCACCCAAUUGGUGGUGGUCCUUGGCCUUUUGGUUGGAUGGAUGGAUGCAACUUUAAUGAGACUUGGCUGGCUAGUUGGUGUAUUUUUCUUUAUUUGGGAAAAUGGGUGGGCCAUUAUGAUAUGGCUUUGUUUGGAUUAUGCCAUUACAGGGUCCCUAGUUUCAUAGAUAUAAAUGAGAAGAUGGUGUAAUGUAAUUAAAUAAUUCAUAUUUGCCUAUUAAAACUUCAAUUUGAUGUUGUA